GUCGGCUCACUGGUGGACUCUUCGCCUCAUCUUGAGGUGCGGUGGGACAGGAGCGUUUUCUGAGCGGACAUGGCUUCCAUCAGCACCUCUGCUGAGUUCCAUCAGACCUUUCAAGCUGGCAAAUCAGGUAUCGUAUCGCUUUUAGAUGCUCCUGGUCCACAAUUCUCCGAAGUUACCCAGAUGAUGACCGAACUCAAGAGCCAGCUGGCGGAAGUCAGGUCAAGUCUACCACCGUACGACCAGAGGAACUAUGAGCUGCAACUCCGAGAGCUCGAGAAUAGGAUCUCAACCCUUCGAGCGAAAUCAAGACCAAAGACCAAGUUUUCAUUCGCGAACAAGGGAAUACUGAGCUCGAAUCAAGCUGGUACGAUCGCUUCAUCAGGAACAACGGUUCCAAAAGAUCUGACCGACCAGUCGACGGCUACACAACCGCAACAAGACAUUUCACGAGAUAUUUCGCCUUCCUCUUUGCCCGCGCUUGGUGAAUCGAUUCCGCUGCCGACUGCUGGUCCGUCCUCCAUCCACCGAACGAUUACGCAUAGACAAAACGCUCGGAUAGAUCUAUCAGCUCUUGAAUUACCUGAUUCCUCUAUAGACAGCGAUAACGGGCUCAAAGGCGGCUGGACACUCUCGUUAGAGCACUUGGAGGAUUGCACGAUCGACCUCAGACCAGACUCAAAUACAGGUACGAAUACGAGUACAAUGUAUACCGGCGACGGGGCACAAAGUACAGGUCUGAGCUCCUUACAUGCUCGGAACUUGGACCGGUGUACGUUGAUCAUUGGAGAGAUGAAUGGGAGUGCGAUGCUACAUGAUUUGAAGGACUGCAAGAUCUUUGCCUCAUUACAGCAGUUCCGAAUUCAUACUUCCACACGCUGUGAUAUAUCUCUUUACAUCCCUUCAGUACCCAUCAUCGAGGCAUGUUCACACCUCACUUUCAGACCUUUGGACACGCACUGCUCAGAUCGAGACCUGAGCCCUGAUCCGGGCUCUGAUGCGGGAGGCAGAAUUAGACUGUCAAACCGGGUACACGAGGUUGCCGAUUUCAGCUGGGUCAAACCGAGUACAUCGCCAAAUUGGAUCUAUGUGGAUCAGCCGAUAUCAGAGGGCGAUGCCGGGUGAAGGAUUUCGCCAUAGAGCCAAGGCGCAAGCAACGGCCAAGUAGAAUACCGAUAGAUGCAUCAAAGAGCAAUAUGUAGGAUAGUACACAACAGAUUAAAAACU